CAUCACAGGUGCAUCAUGGGAGUGGACACAGUGUGAACUGGAGACUCAACAUGAGUCUUAACAGUUUGUUUGCUGCAGCAUCAGAUCGGAUCAAUGAACGCAGAAACUUAUUGAGAGGAAAUUUAAAAAAUGUAAAAGUUUUUGGCUGUUUGGACGUCGACGAGAAAUUCAGAGAGAAUGUAAAACGGUCUAAAAGAGGAAGUGACAUCAUACUAAUGACAGGAAGUAGAUGCAGCAUCUCUCUACUAAAGCUCUGUUUCAGAAACAGUUCAGAGCUUCAGAACAAGAGAUAGAAGAAGCACAGAGACAGAGAAUCACCAUGGAUGAGUUCAGAGGGAUUCAAACGGCUUUAUUUCUGAUGCUGCUGCUUCAGUUUACAGGAGCAGCAACCGAACAGAGAUUCCUCUUCCUCGCUUUCAGAGAUGGAGAUGAAGUCACUUUGCCUUGUAACAGUGUGAGAGAUGAUCAGAAUAACUGUGACAGAACUACAUGGUUCUACACUGAUUCAAGCAGCAGAACAGCAGUAGUGCUGGUUAGAGAUGGACAGAUUGGUAAACAGGCUGAAGAUAAAUCAGACAGACUGAGUUUCACAGAGAACUGUUCUCUGGUUAUAAAGAAGCUCACAGAGAAGGAUGAUGGUCGUUAUGACUGCAGACAGAUCAGAUCAGGACAACGACUAAGUCCAGAUGCUGUGGUUUAUCUGUCUUUUGUUACCAUGACUGAACAGAAGAACUCUGAUGAGGUGACGUUAACCUGCUCUGUGUCGACAUAUGAUCAAUGUAGACACACAGUGAAGUGGCUGUUUCAGCGUCAAGAUGUGGAUGAAGAUGGCGGAGAUCUAAAGACAUCACAGUCUCUCUGCUCAGCCUCUGUGACCUUCAGGACGUCUCAUUACAAUCAAACAUCAAGCUAUCAGUCAUUGAAGUGUAAUGUGACUGAUCGUUUCACUGGAACACCUCAGCUGUUUCCCUUCAGACUCUCAGGUGAGGAGACAACACCAAGUGGAAACAACAAAGCAGCAGCCCUGUGGAGGUUCAUCUUUGUGUCUGUGGGUUUAGCAGCACUCAUAAUGACUGUUGUGGCGGUCAACGUUUGGACAAGAAUUAAAGAGAAGAAAACACAGACGGAUGAAAUCACUGUGCGUUAUGAUGCAGAUGAUGAUACAGUGAACUAUGAAAACAUCACAUGAUCCUGAUGGAGUUUGACCGACUCAUCGACUCCUCGUGUUUUACACACUUCAAGAUUUGAAAUAACAAAACAGAACUUUGAGAGACUUAAAGGGGACAUAUCAUGCUCACUUCCAGGUUCAUACUCUGGUUUUCUACUAGAACAUGUUUACAUGCUUUAAUAAUCUAAAAACACAUUAUUAUUCUCCUCCUGUCUGUG